AUGAUUCCCAAUCAGUCACUCAAAAGUUAUAGACGCCCAUCAAAUCGCAUCAGCAAAAUCGUACAUCAUCAAAGAGAAAAGAUUAAGGAAUAUCUAGGAAGAAAGAUAUACCAGGAUUCAAACUUCAGACUGACUGGGAGGAUCCUUCUUGAUAUCAGGGAUUUUCCUGCUGUCAUUGAGAAGACUGGUAACAGAGGGACGCGGGCUGAAGUGAAUGGUCGGGAGUUUAAGUUCCGCGGACAUCUUUGCGGAUGGAGACGAAAAAAGCGACCAAAUCGAAAAUCAACAGAUUCGAUAAAAUCGGACUUGGAAGCAGCUGCACUUCCAACUCCUCUUAUAUCUCGUCCACUUCGAUUGUUACCUGUUGGACAAAGUUUUACAAUUGUGAAAAGCCCUUUAUCUUCAAAUCCUCAGCUAAAAACUCCUCCUCGACUUCGUUCUGCCUCUGCCCCUAUGUCGGCCAAUCACGCAGUGCCACGUAAGCGCACGAUAGUAUGGUUUGACGAAAUGGAAAGCCGUAUCACCUUCACCCAUUCUGGGUCAACAUCGGGAGCUCAACACUCUGAUCCAUCAUCGGAAUCUCGACCAUCCGACUCUUCAUCUGAUUCAAUCUCAUUACGAUCUGGUAGAUCACACUCUCUUAGCAUCUUACCAGAAUCUAAUCAUGAAUUGAGAAGAGAAAGUAGUUUAGAGACCAAGCUGCCGGGAUCAUCCAAAGCUCAAAGCUCUGAAGUGGCUCAUCUGGAUCCGAUCCGCACCAUGCAAUGCCGAGCGCGCACUUGUCCGGCCACUCUGGAGGAAAUAGACACUGCCACUUGUCAGAAUUAUAGCCAUAUGCCCUUAUUGGCAACGCUGACACCAGCACAAAACAUACAGCCGCACGCUUCAAAUGUUGAUUGUCAACCAACAAAGGUAGAAAUCAAAGCCCAAAUUGAAAUCAGUCAAAUCAUCACCAUCAAGAGGAUCACGUUAAGGAUCAUUCGGCAUCUACAUCAAAGAGGAAACAAAUACCAAAACUGGUGGAUGUGA